UGGGACCCCGCUGGUCGGGAAGGGCUCAGGCUCCGGUAACUCGGGCUGGGCGGGGGAGAGGAAAGGGCGGGGCUGGGAGCCCCCCAGAGUGCGGCGUCGGGGCCUGGACCCGGCGCGGGAGCCCUAGACACGAUCAGCGCCGCUUCUUCGGCCAGCCGGCCCCGCCCGGUCCAGCGAUGGAGUUUCCGGACCUCGGGGCUCACUGUUCCGAGCCGAGCUGUCAGCGCUUGGAUUUUCUGCCGCUGAAGUGCGACGCCUGCUCGGGCAUCUUCUGCGCAGACCAUGUGGCCUACGCCCAGCAUCACUGUGGGUCUGCUUACCAAAAGGAUAUCCAGGUACCUGUAUGCCCACUCUGUAAUGUGCCUGUACCUGUGGCCAGAGGGGAGCCCCCUGACCGUGCUGUGGGGGAGCAUAUUGACCGAGACUGUCGCUCAGAUCCAGCACAGCAAAAACGUAAGAUCUUCACCAAUAAGUGUGAACGCUCUGGCUGCCGGCAGCGAGAAAUGAUGAAACUGACCUGUGAACGCUGUGGCCGAAACUUCUGCAUCAAGCACCGUCACCCACUGGACCAUGAUUGCUCUGGGGAGGGUCACCCAACCAGCCGGGCAGGACUUGCUGCCAUCUCCAGAGCACAAGCUUCUUCUACAAGCACCAUCCCCAGCCCGAGUCGGACAUUGCCUUCAUCUACCUCUCCCAGCAGAGCCACAACCCAGUCUCCAUCCCAGACAGCCCCUCCGGUGAUUGCUCUGCAGAACGGCUUGAGUGAGGAUGAGGCUCUGCAACGAGCCCUAGAACUGUCCCUGGCAGAGACCAAACCCCAGGUCCCAAGUUCUCAGGAGGAAGAAGACUUAGCUUUAGCACAAGCACUAUCUGCAAGUGAGGCAGAAUACCAACGGCAGCAGGCGCAAAGUCGCACCUUGAAGCCGUCCAACUGCAGCCUGUGCUAGGGCCUUGGGCUUGGGGAGGGAGGCUCGGCUGAGGAGGACUGUGGCCCUCACACCUCUAGGGUACAGAGGGAGAGGAGGCUGGGAGCAGCCUGGAAGACUGAGGAGAAGGAGAAGAAACGGAGGCCCCCUCCAGGGAGCGUCAGGAGGAACAGCUGUGGAGCCCAGCCCACAGAAGGCCCCGCUGGCCUCUCCAGCUGCAUAGGAGAGAGCGGCUAGAACCAUCCGGCGGCUGGGCCUCGGGGAAUGCUGGCCAGGCCCCGUUCAGCUCCCUGCAUCAUGUAAUCCCCCUUACACUGGGGCUGCCUCAUGCCGAGGGGACAAGGAGGGGCCUGCAAAGAAUAAAGGAUCUUGGCAGUCAAUAAGA